AUGGGCCUGAUCAGCAGAAGCCCAAAGGGAACCGGUGGUCGCCAGCCAGUCCCACCACCCCUCACCCCAGCCCCGCAGCUCCCCCACCAGCGCCUGGGUCUGCAGCGGGAGGGCCCCGAAGGGCCGGGGCCAGUGGAGCAGAUGGAGCCCCAGCCUCCCCCUGUUGCCGCGGUGCCCUCGGCUGCCCGCUCCCCAGGCCGCCCCUGGGGGCCCUGUUACCCCAUGUCCCCUGGUCCCCGGCCUGUCGCCCCAGCACCCCCACACCCCGCAGCCUCCGCCAGUCGCCCGGUAGCCAGGCCCGGCUCCUCCAGCCCCACUGACCGCCCCGUCGCCCCGAGCGCCCUUCCCCGGCCUCCGCCCGCCCCAGCAGGGCCCAGGGGGAGGGAGGCGCGGGCGGCGCGGGCCAGAGACCCAGAACCCGCGGUCCCGGGGCGGGCGGGCGCUCACCGGCGCGGGGCUCCCCUGCCACCCGGCCUCGGAAGCUCCAACUCCCCGCCGACCCCCGACGACCCCCAGAGGCGCGGCCGCCCCAACCCCACACUGCCUUCUGCCAGGGGCGCCACAUCCAUGAAACCCUCUUACAGCAACAAUGAAGCCAGUUUCUACUUAACCAAACUGGACGCUAUAACCAGAGCCAACUUGACACAUGGAAACUUUCUGGACCUGAACGAGAAGGAACUCAAAAGCUGGAACAAGCACCGCUCCGCCAGGGGCCGCUGA